CACCUUACCCAUCCCAGCACAGACAGACGGCGCUCUUACUCCUGCAACAGUCUACUUCAUUUUAUCAACAUGAAACUGACAAUGAUGUGGUUGGUGGCGUGUGCCCUGCUGGGGGCGGCCCUAGCCUUCCCUGCUCCCUUCGCUCUCCCUGACCCCGAGGCGGAGGCCCAUCGUCGAUACUAUAGUGGAGGUGGACUCUAUGGAGGUAGUCACGGAGGAGGAUAUGGAGGAUAUGGAGGAAGUGGAUUCGGAGGAAGUGGAUUCGGAGGAAGCGGAUUCGGAGGCGGCGGAUUCGGAGGAGGCGGAUAUGGAGUAGGUGGUGGAUUCGGAGGAGGUGGAUUCGGAGGACUCGGUGGUGGUGGUUAUGGAAUCUACGGGUAAAACGUUCUCUCCCAACUCCACUGUGAUGACCGGAGCCGAGGUGGACCCUGGAGUCCCUCACCCACUGAAGAGAAGGCGUCUGUGUACUCCAUGUUAGCUUAGAGAAGUGUUUACGUCAGUUGAUUCCUAAUUUAUACACCACCUGAUGUAAAUAAUUAGUGGAGCCAAUAAAUUAUUUAUGAAAAUUGAAAAA